AUGGCGAUCGCGGGCACAGAAUCGGUGGAUGUCGCCAAGGAAUCCGCCCAGGAUGACUACAUUCUGUCUCACCGCGAGAAACAGAUAAUGCGGCGCAUUGAUUUGCGCCUUGUUUUGGGUGCUGCUUUAGGAUACUCUGUUAAUUUGAUGGAUCGAGGUAAUGUCGGAAUGGCAGCCAUCGCAGGAGUAACUGAUGUGCGUAGAAUGCUGAAGGACCUUGAUUUUGUCGGCUAUCGAUAUGUAUGUCCCGUCACCCCCUUUAAAUCCCAAGCACCACGCGUGGCACUAAUGAAUCGUAUCAAGUCCUUGGUGGUUCUAAUGUUCUUUGUCACCUAUGUGACAUUCCAACCACCAUCAACAAUUUUAAUCAGGAAGAUUGGACCCCCUAAAUUUCUAUCAGUAAUCAUUUUCUCUUGGGGAAUAUUGAUGCUUGGUAUGGGAUUUGCCAAGACUUGGAGUCAGGUUCUCGCCAUCCGUAUACUCCUGGGAGUUUUUGCAGCGGGUUACUUCCCGGGAUGCAUGUAUUUGCUAUCCUGUUGGUACCUUCGUUAUGAGGUACAGAAGCGAUUCUCCGUAUUCUACGGCGUGGGCUGUGUAGCAUCGGCCCUGGCAGGUAUCUUGGCCUUUGGAUUGAUCCAAAUGGAUGGUGUUCAGGGAAUUUCGGGUUGGCGUUGGAUCUUCAUCAUGGAAGGAGUGAUAACCGUUGGUCUCGGUAUUCUCUGUUAUAUUCUCAUUGUUGAUUUCCCGGACAAAGCAUCUAGGAGCUGGAAUUUCCUCACUGAGGAAGAAUGUGCUUUCGUCAUCCGCCGCAUUGAUCGUGAUCGACUGGAUGCGGAGCCAGAGGCGUUUACACUUCGACGUUUUCUAAAGCCGGCACUUGAUAUUAAGAUCUGGGGAUUUGCAGUCCUGUUCGGCUGCUUGACUAUCAACACAUACGCCAUGGCAUACUUCCUUCCUCUCAUUCUUUCUGAUGGCAUGGGAUUCGGGGUUGGAGCAUCUCAAUGUCUCUCUGCACCACCAUGGGUAUUCGCGGUUCUGGUCAUGUUCGCGACGGCUUGGGUUGGAGAUACAAUUCAAAGACGGGUUCCAGUAUUACUUUUCAACGUCUGCCUCUCGCUUAUUGGUCUGCCUAUGAUGGGAUUUUUGAAGGGUAAUGCAGCUCGAUACGUUGGAGUAUUCUUGACUGUUGCAGGAGCCAACGCAAAUGUUCCCGCUUGCAUGGCAUGGCAAGCCAAUAAUAUCCGAGGCCAGUGGACACGUGCAUUCUCCAGCGCUACUCUGAUUGCAUUCGACGGUAUCGGAGGGAUUAUUGCCAGCCUGGUUUUCGAGAAAGAUGCACCUCGAUACCGGCCGGGUGUAUAUACUGCGCUUGGCGCAAAUAUUGUCUUCCUUCUAACUGUAUUGUCCCUGGCUCUUUGGUACCGACAUUGUAACAAGAAGGCAGAUCGCGGCGAGCUUAUCAUUGCUGGUGUGGCAGGGUUCCGCUAUACUAUCUAG